CUCGUAUAGUCGUAUUCGUCCCCCCCGCUCCUCUCUCUCUCUCUCUCUCUCUCUCUCUCUCCAACCUCUUCCGUCGCCGGGAUCUCCACGGACGAUGCGCCAUCGCCUCCCCCAUCUCGGCCACUACCUACGCCCUCUCCUCUGAGAAAAUCGGUGAGCAAUUCCGGUAGUUACCAAGUCCACCUUACCUUAUUCAUCAAUCGCCAAUGGAUCGCCAAGCUCAUGAAUAUGCAGCUGCAAUGGCCUUUGCGCAGCAACAGCAGCAACAGGCCAACAUCCAGCAGCAGCAGCAGUUUGGUUUUCGCCCGCAGACUCAACAGUUCCCUCCCCAAGUCCACGGCCCCCCCUUCGUUCCGCCCCUCCAUCCAUCCCUCCAGCAAUUUCCCCCGUACCCUCACCACUUGCCUCAGCAGCAACAGUUCUAUCCUCCCCACCCCCACCCCCUCCCACAUAUCCAACAGCAGCAGCCCCCGUACGGGCCCCACCCGCCCGCGCAUCUCAUGCCUUCUUCUUCCACUUUCAUGCACCCCUUUGAGUCGGCUCCCCCUCCGCCUGCUGUGCCACCCCCUUCUGAUCCCGAGCUCCACAAGCGGAUCGAUAAGCUGGUCGAGUAUUCCGCCAAGAACGGUCCUGAAUUCGAAGCCAUGAUCCGUGAGAAGCAACACGAUAAUCCUGAAUACAGCUUUCUCUUCGGUGGUGAGGGGCAUGGUUACUAUAGAUACAAACUAUGGUUGUCUACUAGACCGCCUGGUUCCCCUUUCAAUCCCACUUAUGCUGCCCAUAGUCCCUUGAUGAAUCCGUCUUCGAUGAAUGCGUCUCCCUUAGGUGCACCAGGUGGCCCUCCAGCUUCCAUGCUAGGGGGACCUCAAAUGUACCCGCAUUCUUACCCUCCCUUUUAUGAUCAGCAUCAGCAAACGCCACUGUUUGUCGGUCAAGGUCAGAUUGAUUAUGAUUCUUCAAAUAAGCCCUUUAAGGGCUUAUCUGGACCGCUUCCAUCUGAUGUGGCAGCAGAACUUAACAGCGUGCUUACUAACCUUAGUGGGACGAAGGAAUCAAUAAAGGGAGCAAAGAUGUGGUUUGUGCAAAGGUCACCUUUUGCUCCAGCACUGGCAGAGGCCCUUCGGGACAGGAUUUUCACUCUAGAUGAUUCUGAGAGGCAGCUCCACAUUAUUUUCCUAGCCAAUGACAUUCUUUUUGAGAGUUUGCAAUGCCGAAUUAAUCCUCGAGAUCUUGACAAUGAGGCUCUUGCAUUCAAGCCUGUUUUGGGUUCCAUGCUUGCGAGGAUCUAUAACAAUCCCCACAACAAAGAAGCGAACCAGCCUCGGCUUGAAAAGAUUUUGCAGUUCUGGGCUUCCAAGGAGGUUUUUGACCCGGAAACUAUAGCUAGCCUUGAGAGUGAGAUGACUGGUGGGCCCCCAUUACCCUCUGGACAGAGGGAAGCAUCGGCCGCUUCAGACCCCUCAACAUUUGCUGGAUUACAGCUAACAUCUCAACAACAAGAGAAUGAGAAGCAAUCAGCUUCUGUUUUAGCUUCGGCUGGUAUUCAUCCCUUGGCAGGCCAGACUCCUUUCCCAGGUUCUUUACCAAUCCAGCCAUCCGUGCCCACUCAACAAGCCCUAAACCCUCAUCUCCAACCCAGUCUUGUACCCAACGCACCGGAUCAAGAUCCCCCACCAUAUCCGCUAUUUCCCCCUGGCCUCAUUCCUGGGAUGGUUCGAAAGAUGCAGAUCGGCAGCGGCGUACCUUACUCCCCCAUGAGUCCUCUCGAUAUCCCAACCAUUAUCCCACCGUCCACUGUGCCGCCGUCGGAGAUUCUGGAAUGUGUCUCAAAGUUUUUUAAGGAGAUUGGAGAGGUAAACCCAUCAGAGGGGCCGAUGAAGGGGGCCAGGGGAGCCGAAUCGAAUGAAGAUGAUGAGUACGACCAGGAGUAUGAUCGGGAUUCUUUAGUUCGCAAGGGUGGGGCAUGCAUUCCCCCACCUCCCAACUUGCAGGUGGACCCCGAGACCGGAAUGUACGCCGACGGGAGCGUCGAUCGGAAAUCAAGCGGCUCUGGCCGGCUGGGUCUUGGCGCCACUGCGAACCCUAAUGAGGUGAGCCAGUACGACGAUGUGUACUCUUCAUACCGCAAGCAGAGAAGCACCAGCUACCAUACUUCUAUGAGUGCUAGGGCAGCAGCUAGGUGACGGGAAAUAUUUGCUGAAGAUCUUUUUCUGACUUGGUAAUCAUGCUACUUAGAUGAAUCAUGUAAACUCAACAUAAAUCGACUUGUUGUUGUUUCAUCUUUGUGGGUAGAAUGGACUUAAGAUAGGUCUACUUUUGGCCCCACAAUUGGAAACUUUUGCUUUCUUUAUCGGUUUCCUACAGUAAGAAGCAUUUUAAUAGUAAUGCGCGGCCUCUGGUUUCGAGUAUCA